AUGGUAGUCGCUUGGAUACUUAAUAGUUUGGAUCGAGAGAUUAGGGAAAUUGUCAUGUACACAGAAUCUGCUGAAAGGUUGUGGAAUGAAAUUGAAAAGAGGUUUGGGCAGGCCAGUGGUAUCAAAAUACAUCAGAUUAGAAAGGAAAUUUCAUAUGUUUCUCAAGGAACAUCCAGUAUUUCCUCCUAUUUCAAUAGAAUAAAAAAGCUAUGGGAUGAACUCUCAUUUUCUAUCUCCUAUCCUGAUUGUGUUUGUGGCUGCAAAGAGAAGUUUCACAAACUGGAUGAAGAUCAAAAGGUUCAUCAGUUUCUGAUGGGUCUCAAUGAGUCCUACUCUACAAUUAGACGCAGUAUUCUCUUGAUGAAGCCACUACCUGAUGUGGACAGUGUCUACACCAUGCUCGUGAAUGAUGAGAGUCAGUCCACAGUACAAACUGCUAUUCCUUCUUUCAACUCUAAUUCUGUAGCAUUCUCCACUGAUACUGUAAAAAGCCUGGACAUUCAAUUGAAAAAUGUUUCAAGCUCCAUGGCUUUCCACCUGGAUUCCCAGCUAAAUUCAAAAGAACUGCAGCUUUUUUCUCAAGUUUCUGAUACACAAUCUCAAAGUCAGCCUGAGGCUGGUGGUGCUGUUAAGCAAGUGACUUCAGACUCUAGAGGUACAAGCAUCACUAAAAAGCAAUUUGAUCAGCUAAUGAAUCUUCUGCAACAAUCCAAAAUACAAACUAGUCCUCAGGAAAUCACUGCUGGUUCUGCCAAUUUUGCAGUCAAAGUGACAUGCACUGGCACUUUAACCCUAACUCCUGAAAUUUCCCUGACUAAUGGCCCUUCUUUGAAGAGGCAAGUGGCACUUGGUAGUAUUCAGAAUGGGCUCUAUGUUCUCAACCCUGCUACACUCACUUCUAGUUGCAACUCUGCUUUCAAUACUUCAUUUGUAAAUACCAUUACUGCCAAUUUCAUCAAUGAUAUGAAUAAGAGCAGUAGCCUUUUACAUUGUCCUGUUUCUUCUAUUUCUGUGAAUGCUGAUAAGUCUCCUGUUUAUGCUUCUUCUCCUGCUUUGUCUUUUGAUCAUUCUUGGCACCUUAGACUUGGCCAUUUACCUUUUAGUAAAAUGAAAAAUAUUUCUUCCAUAUGUGCUAAACUGCCUAAGAAGCAGUCUUUCUUGUGUCAUAUAUGUCCUAUGGCUAGGCAACAGAGACUAUCUUUCCCUGAGUGA